CAAACUGUCCUCCCGGAAGAAACCAUUGUGGAAGUUGGUAAAUGAAGAUAAACGCUGAUUGAAAUGGCGUCAGGCACGGUGCGUAGGUGGGCUCUCGGCAUCGUUUCUCUGCUAAACUUUGCAUUUGUUUUCAUUUCCGGUGCGGACUUUAUUCGGUUUAUAUCAUUCCGAGCCAUUUACCACAACAUCACUGGGGAGACGACACUUUGUCAAGAUUCCAUACCGUGGUCGGUGGCCCUGCAGGAAAGCUCUGUCCUCGGGUCUCUCGCUGUGGAUCUGGGGCUGCUGGCACUCUUCAUCACACAGCACAGUGUGCUGGCCUGGGCUCCCGUGAAAAAGGCACUCAAUUCAGGGCUCGGGGCCCUGAACAGGACAGCAUACUGCUUCAGCACUGUACUUGCACUCCAGACCUUGAUGCGUUACUGGCAGCCUGUGACUGGCGCUCCCUGUCUGUGGUCAGUGCGUCAUGCACCCUGGAGUGUUUGGUUCCCUCUGCUCUGCUUCAGCCUGCACUUCCUCUGCUGGGCAAUCAUCUGCAGCAUCCUCGUGAUUUUUGAUUACCCUGAACUGUUAGGCAUCAAGCAGGUGUAUUAUGAGUGUUUUGGUUUAGGAGACCCCCUGUCCCACGAGUCACCAGGUGCCAAGCGCCUCCUGUCUCACCUCCGCCACCCGGUGUGCCUGGAGCUGGGCGUCGUGCUGUGGCUCCUGCCGGCUUUGUCCCUGGAUAGGUUUCUGCUGGCGGGGACUCUGUCAUCCUACCUGGCCCUGGCACACUCUCUGGACAAACAGGAUUUAGCCUACCUCUGCGUCCAGCUUAACAGCAAGCUGCAGAUCUUUGCUGAGCCGCACCAUGGCAGCACCCACACCAGCGACACCAAGGAGAAGUGAAAUGACUACUGCGCUGUGAUGCUUACUGCUGUUUUAACGUCAGUCAAAUAUUGUUCAGACUUCUCAAUGAGCCUGGUAAAGAUGCUCUGGCCAUUUCUGCAAAUUGCAAAUACACACUCAACUUGACACUGUAUUUUUAUAAACAUUUAUUUUCACUGAAUAUGUAUUUCAAGAAAGAGAGAGUUGUAUUGCAAAAGUUUCUACUGUUUGAAAACAUUAUUAUUACCGUGGCAAAGGAGAUUAUAUUAUAUUGGUUUGUUUGUAUGUUUGAUAACAAGAUAACCGAAAAACUACUGGUUGGAUUUUUAUUUUGGAGUGGAUCUGAAUCAGAUCUGAGUCAUUCAGAGUUCCCUUUUAGUUGUUUUAUAUUUUCGAAAAUAUUCUUACAUGAUUACAUUUCAAAAGAUUCCUAAAAGUUAUCAGAUUAGUCUUUUAUUGCAAUAUUAUAAUUUUGGUUUUCAAUAUUAUAUGAAAAGUAUUGCAAUUUACUACAAAGACUUUAUUUUGUUUAUCUUAUAGUUUAUUUUUUAUAGGCUCUUACAUUCCAUGUGCCAACUGCACUUAUGCUAUAUUGGUGCGCACUCAUUUUAAAUUGCAUUGUUAUUAAAUGUCACACUAAGAUUUCAUGGUGGUAAAAGCACAAAAAGCUGUUUGUUUUUCACAAAUAAAAAAAAAUUGGGAUUUCUGA